UUCCAGCACGUCACGGGGAAGGCAGUUCCCCUAAAGCCCUGUGCCCAUAACGGGCAGCGCGCACUCCGAGGCUGUUUCUCCAGAGCGCAGGCUGGGACUGACUGGCACCGCGAGCCCAGAGCACCCCCCGGAGCUGAGAACACCACGCGCCCCCACCACACCCACCCCACGGCCGCUGAAUGAGGCUUCCAGGUGCCCGCUUGCUGCCCGCAGCGCCCCGCCGGAGGUCCGCUCGCUGAGGGGCGGCUGGUGCGCUGGCCGCCCGUGCGCUCACCUGCCAGCUUGCGCGCCAUGGGGCAGCCCGGGAACCGCAGCGUCUUUUUGCUGGCGCCCAACGGAAGCCACGCACCGGACCAAGACGUCACACAGGAACGGGACGAGGCGUGGGUGGUAGGCAUGGGCAUCGUCAUGUCGCUUAUCGUCCUGGCCAUCGUGUUUGGAAACGUGCUGGUCAUCACAGCCAUCGCCAAGUUCGAGCGUCUGCAGACGGUCACCAACUACUUCAUCACCUCCCUGGCCUGUGCUGACCUGGUCAUGGGCCUGGCGGUGGUGCCCUUUGGGGCCUGCCACAUCCUCAUGAAAAUGUGGGCUUUUGGCAACUUCUGGUGUGAGUUUUGGACUUCCAUUGACGUGUUGUGCGUCACAGCCAGCAUUGAGACCCUGUGCGUGAUCGCCGUGGAUCGCUACCUUGCCAUCACAUCACCCUUCAAGUAUCAGUGCCUGCUGACCAAGAAUAAGGCCCGGGUGGUCGUUUUGAUGGUGUGGGUCGUGUCCGGCCUUACCUCCUUCUUGCCCAUUCAGAUGCACUGGUACCGGGCCACCCACCAGGAAGCCAUCAACUGCUAUGCCAAGGAGACCUGCUGUGACUUCUUCACGAACCAAGCCUAUGCCAUUGCCUCCUCCAUUGUGUCCUUCUACUUGCCCCUGGUGGUCAUGGUCUUCGUCUACUCCAAGGUCUUCCAGGUAGCCAAAAGGCAGCUCCAGAAGAUCGACAAAUCUGAGGGCCGCUUCCAUGCCCAGAACAUCAGCCAAGUGGAGCAGGAUGGGCGGAGCGGGCCCGGACAACGCAGGGCCUCCAAGUUCUGCUUGAAGGAACACAAAGCCCUCAAGACUUUAGGCAUUAUCAUGGGCACUUUCACCCUGUGCUGGCUGCCCUUCUUCAUUGUCAACAUUGUGCACGUGAUCCAGGAUAACCUCAUCCCUAAGGAAGUUUACAUCCUUCUAAACUGGGUGGGCUAUGUCAACUCUGCUUUCAAUCCCCUGAUCUACUGCCGGAGCCCAGAUUUCAGGAUUGCCUUCCAGGAGCUCCUGUGCUGGCGCAAGUCUUCCUUAAAGGCCUCUGGGGAUGGCUACUCCAGCAACAGCAAUGGCAGAACUGACUACCCAGGGGAACAGAGUGGAUAUCACCUGGGGGAGGAGAAAGACAAUGAACUGCUGUGUGAGGAUCUCCAAGGCACGGAAGACUUUGUGAACCGGCAAGUGCUAUGAGGGAAAGACUGGAGUUUCUGCAUGUAUUCAUUUCUCCAGGAAGAGAAAACAGUUUUUGAAAUCAUAACGGCAACAUCCAUGACGAAGCAGAACUGGAGUCCUAGGGCUUCUCUGGUAGCACAGUGGUUGAGAAUCUGCCUGCC